AUAGAAGGAAAUGAAAAAAGAUUUAUGUCGUUUUACAUCGUGGUUUCGGACAAGGGCAUGCUGCUGGUUACGUCCUUGUCUACGAGUGUCUGCUCAAGACGGACGAACUUUUUGUCGCGCUCAACUGCAAAAAGUCCGACAUCCCCCAAUGACUAGAAAUCGGACUUGCGCGUUUGCUUUUCGACACUUGUUCUCGUCCCCCCAUCUCCCUUGUGAACUGGUUGUCCUUUUGCACACACACACAGCGCAAAGCUUGUAAUAGCAGUAGUAUUCCUGUCUUUGGAUAUCGUCUCAACUGCUUUUACAAGCUGUGUGUGCAUGCUGGACAAACCAUCUGGGUCAGAGUCAUUCGCGGGUACGAACGUCUUGAACACGACCAAACGUGUGCUGAAAACACCUAUUACACAGCAAAACGCUGUCCAAGCAAGAAGAUAUUGAGCUAACUCAUUAUUUCAAGAAGGAUGUCCACCGCCAUGGUUCCUGUCUCAGUCACAAGCCCUUUUCCCAUUGCGCCAGCGGAAUCGCCCACAAUUGGAAGAUCUCCAGUGUCCGACACAGAGUUGUUGGACUUGGACGCCGUUCUCGGCUUCAAGUCACCCAUAUCUGCUUUAGCAACGGACUUGAACGUUAAUCUCAGCGUUCUUAAUAGCAGCUCCAAGACGCCUCGUCGCUGCCUUACAAACCUCUUGCUUAGCGCAAGCGCUGACUCUCCACAAGAUUCACCGUGUCCCUCUCCCAUGGGCUCCCCGACUCUUUCUGAUUAUCGUAUCCUUUGCAAGCCCCCGCGUUUCCCAGACGAUCUCAAGAAACCGAUACGACGUGCCGGACGCAAGCUUUACAGAUCUGCGACGCGGGACUCUGGAAUCUCCCUUGACGAUUUCACCCUGAUGGAUCACGUAGAUAUACCUUUCAGUGAGUAUGAGUGCACGUCUGCAACACGGGACAACGGCGUGCUUUUGGCCCAUUCCCCUGCUUCUGAUGACUCCAUGACUAACGACGAUGACCUUCUCAGCAGUGACGGCGAAACUGAAGACAAAGCAUGCCAUUGGAGCAAGCUUGCUUCUCCAAGAUUUCCCCGACCGAGCUUCCCCAGACAGUCGACAGAACCUACUCUCCUUCAAAGAAAGCGCCAGCUGAUGGCCCCUGCUAGCUCCAAACUCUUCUUGGACAAUGAUCCUUUUCACGCAGAACAUCCAAUGCAUGUUGAUUCUGUUCAAGAUCGCGAGUGGAAGCGUGCUGGCGUUGCGCCACCAAUCAAGAUGCGUCGCACUCAGAGCUGCUCGUCUGCUCAGUCGCCAUCGGAAUUGUCUAUCCACGUGCAAGGACAGCGGCCCAACAAUGCGGCGAUCUAUGGCCAUGAAGAUUCGUUACUCCCUUGGUUUCCGGGCGAAAGUGAUUCGCAUAAACGCAUUGACGGACAAACGCUUGUCAAUCUCCUUGACGGCCAUUACUCAAGCACCAUUGACGAAUUUUAUAUUAUUGACUGUCGCUUUCCCUACGAGUAUGAAGGCGGGCACAUUCACUCUGCACGCAACAUCAAUACAAAGGCAGAACUUGAAAAGCUUUUUUUCACUCCUCCGAUUACGGACAAGAAAGUGGUUAUUGUUUUCCACUGUGAAUUCUCUUCCCACCGGGCUCCCCGAAUGGCAUCCUAUAUGCGCACGCAGGACAGACAGCUGAACCUUCAAGAAUACCCGAAACUGCACUAUCCAGAGAUUUACGUGCUUAAGGGAGGAUAUAAAAAUUUCUAUGCGGAGUUCAAGAGUCGGUGUUUUCCACAACGUUAUAUUGAAAUGUGCGAUCGCAGCUACCUCGCAAACCUAAAGGAACACAAGGCUAUUCACAAGCGCGAGUUCGGACGUAGCAUUUCGGAGAGCUACAUUGGGCAAAAUCGCUAAUCCUGCCUUUUGAGCCUCCCAGCAAUGAUUACAUCACUGCGAUGGACUUAGGGAUGUACACACGGGGAACAAAACACAAAUGCUGCGAUUUAGUUUUUGGUCGAUCGUUCGCAUUAACUGUACAAAGACUUGUAUAAAGGACCAUUCUAGUGUGAAGGGACCUGCGCUGGAUGAACGGCGUGGUGAAUAAUGCUGGAAGGAUACCCCGCCCCGAAUCGAUUCUAUAUAGAGGCAAACUUGUACAAAUAGAUAAUGGAAAUUCUGCAGUAUUUCAACCCA